CUAAAAGUUAACUUUUUUCGGCAGUCAAUUCAUGUGUUGUUGCCGUAUAUAACGCUACGAAUUUCACGACUGCGACCAAGAUUUCUUAACACUUCAGCAACAUACCAUACAUGUACCUACGAUUGUGAAAGUCAUGGCUCGCAAUUUUGAACAGCUGCGCCGUGUUGAGAGAGAGAGGGAGAUUCAGCAACACAUUGGAAGACCAGAGCGUGGAUUAAGGGACAGGAAGAAUCCAUUUGAAUGCUACGAGGAUGAACCUUUCAGAGAAAGGUACCGCUUCUCCAAAGAAACUGCGAUGUAUAUCAUCAAUAUGCUCGAAGGGGAUUUAGAGAGACAGACAGACAGGAAUGACCCAUUGCCUGUCAUGUUGCAGGUUUUGACUGGACUUCGUUUCUAUGCUGUUGGCACCUUUCAGAAGAUGCAUGCAGACGAAGCAACUGUAUCACAAUCAUCCGUGUGCAGAAUCAUCAAAGAUGUUUCUGAGGCAAUCGCAAGGAGGAAGAGACAGUUCAUGAAGUUUCCGACGACAAGAGAUGAAAUUGAAACCACCCAGCGACAAUUUUACGAUUACUGCGGGUUUCCAGGGGUCAUCGGUGCUAUCGAUGGGACCCAUGUCUACAUCAGGAGUCCUGGUGGGGAACAAGCCCUGUACUUCCUAAACAGGAAGAACAGGUACUCUGUAAAUGUACAGGUUGUAUGUGAUGUAGCUGGAAAAAUAACAAAUAUCGUUGCCAGAUGGCCGGGCAGCACCCACGAUUCACGGAUUUUCUCUGAGUGUGCAUUGAAAGGACAGCUGGAAGCUAGGGCUGAUGGUUCUGAGUGGCUACUUGGGGAUAGUGGGUACCCCUGCCUCCCCUUUCUGUUGACUCCCCUCCUUAAUCCUCUUGGACGGCCACAGGUGCGCUACAAUAGCGCCCACAAAAGAGGACGUUGCGUUAUCGAGCGCACCUUUGGCCGUUGGAAGAGGAGGUUCCCGUGCCUCAAUGAUUUGCGCGUGAAGGUGGAUACUACUUUCACAAUAAUAGUGGCUUGCUCGGUCCUGUGGAACAUCUCCCUCGACCAUAACGAGGUAGAUAUUCCAGGACCUGAGCCAGAGGAAAUGCCUCCACUUGUCCACCUUCCUCCUGGCCUACAUGACGCUGUCGCUGGUAGGCUCAGGAGAGAGCAAAUCAUUGAGGACCAUUUUUCCAACUAACCCAAGUAGCCACUCAGAACCAUCUUCUCUGGUACCAGCUGUUCUUCCAGUCCACUUAGAGGAAAUCCUUGAAUUGAGAUGCUGACAAGGUAUUUGUUAUUUUCCAGCAUUACAGGGCUUUUACACUGGGCAUUCAGAGGUAGUACGCAUACAAUCAUUUUUACUACCGUAUUAUGGACAUUGUUUCUUUGAGACCAUGUCGCUCUUUUACGUGCACUUUGGAGCAUGAAAAAUAUUAGCUUUUACAAUUUGAAUUCAAGGAUUACACUGUCACAGCCUCAUUUUUUAAAUUGGCAUCAUUGUCAUAAAUUGAAAGUUGCUCUUUCAAUUCUCUGAUGGUGCUAUUCAUGAUGCAUUUUUUAAAAAAUAUUCAAUUUAAGGAACUCCUUGUCAUACAUGUAGACACCUUUUUAAGAUACCAAUUUAUUUCCCCAAAGUUAAACUUGUGCAAUACAUAUCAUUUUUCAUGUGUCAAAUGAAAAUUAAAAAAAAAAGAGUUUUAAAGUAAAUACUUCCAGUUUUAAAAGUCCAAAAUGAUUGAAAAGAUGCCAGAAUUCUGUCAUUGUGAUUUGCACACCAAAUAGUUUUCCCAAACAACUCUACUUUACAACUCUGCAUACCCAGUGUGGAAGCCCUUUCACAUGCAAUCUACAUUUACAUGUUCCCCAUCAGCGACUCCUUAUGUAGACAUGUCUCAUUGAUACACCCAGUACACCUGGUUACAUGCAGUAAUGGUAAAAUUGUCUGCUGACUUGGUUCAAAUUCAUCUCUCAUUGUUUGAAACUUCAUGAAUUAAUAUCCUCCCUCUUGCGUUUGUUUCAGAAAUAUCUUUGAUGAAUAAAAUGAUUAUGAUACAUUUGCUUCGUCUAAACGAAGUCCUGUCAAAACAAUUUUAAGGUCAUUCCCUGUUUUUCAAAAAAAUCAAUUUCAAGCAUAUUGAUGAUAUACAUUGUAUGUAAAGGCAUUCUUGUAGCAUUCAAAUGGAUUUCUUGUUAAAAUUGUCCAUCAUGCUCUGGUCAUCCAUCUUUAAUAUCCAGUGAUAUACAACUUGUAGUGUUAUGAAAGUAUUAAAUAUUCACAUGCAUUGGGUACAUAGU